AUGGUUUCCAAGGUCAGGGUACAGCUUUAUAACGCAUCGCUGGUUCCUGAAGAUCAUGCAUCGAACUCUAACCGCACGGUGCUUCUUCUAUUACAUAAAAGAUUGGAGGGGCCCUUGACCAUUGAGCCAACUUGUUCAACUUGUCACUUGGAAGCCCUUGCCGCAACUCGGGAAGGGCGUCACCAGAAUGUGCAAUCACGAAUCGCCCCAGCCCAACGUGCUUCUAUGAGUCGGCUUCCAGAACUUGACGCCGCCCUUGUCUCUGGUGGCUGUUUCAGCCAGGCUGAACUUGUGGAAGUCGCCAUCACUUGCACCAUUGUUGAUAGUUCUUGCAGGAUCAAAAGAUAUUCAAGAUCGUCUCUUUAG